AGCACUGACAGUAGCAUGUGUGAUGUUAUUGUGUAAACGUUAUAAAAUGUGGUUCUGCAAGAAAGUAUGGAAAAAAGAAAACUUGUUAGGACUAACUUUGUUUAUAUGCCUUCUAGCUGUUGUAGGCUCUAAAAGCAAUAAUUCAGCUGACAUCAGAACGAUUGUUGUUGAUAAAGGAAAAAAUAUUACCAUAUCCUGUGGACCCGAGAUAGAACCAAGAACUCUGGCCUCCGACUCAUCGGAGGGUAAUGAAACCAUAUCAGAUCUAGGGAUUUCGGAGGAUAAUCCGGAGGAUGGAGAAUGGAUUUUACCCGGCCGAGCUAACCUAUCCGGAUCACUCAUAAAAAAUCAUCUAGGAGAUUUAGUUUUGGUAAAGGCUCAGCCUGAGGCAGAAGGAGUUUACACUUGUUAUCAGAGUGGUAGACAGUACCAAGUUGAGGUGAAAGUUCGGAAACCCCCGGGACGAGUAUUAAAUCUUCAAACUUACUCCCACCCUGUAUAUGCUACAGUUUCCUGGUCAGUUCACCAGGUUGGAAUUCAAGAGAGUGCUCGGGGAUUUCUUUGCCUUUAUAGAAAUGAUACGUCUCAAUAUACACAGGUUGAUGAGGAGGAUUUAUCAUUUCUAAAUUCUACAGUAGAGCUAGGACCUAACUCUAGAACUUGUGAUCUAUACAAUCUUACUCCAAACCAUACUUACUUUGUCAAGGUGGCUGGAUAUAACAGUGCAGGAGUUGGAGAAUUUGUCUCUACUAUUCUUCAUACACCUUCUCCUCCUCAUACAUUGCAUUCUGUCAGGUUAGUUGUCUCUACUAUUCUUCAUACACCUUCCCCUCCAUAUACAUUGCAUUCCGUCAGGUUAGUUGUCUCUACUAUUCUUCAUACACCUUCCUCUUCACAUUUAUUGCAUUCUGCCAGGUUAGUUGUUUCUACUAUUCUUCAUACACCUUCCCCUUCACAUACAUUGCAUUCUGCCAGGUUAGUUGUCUAA